UGUCAUUUGCUCGUAUUUCGCCUUUUAUAUAGACCAUUUUUGUACAUCACACGCAGCAAUAAUAUUUCAACAAUCGCCUUUUUCCCUUCUCGAUCGCCGUCAAGCUCCCGAAUCUCUGGUUUUGAGUUUUGGAGAAUGGUGUUUUUCCGCAGCGUUUCGGCCUUUACUAGGCUGAGGUCUCGCGUUGGGCAACAAUCUUCGCUCAGCAAUUCGGUCAGAUGGAUUCAGAUGCAGAGCUCUACCGAGCUGGACCUGAAGUCGCAGCUGCAAGAGUUGAUUCCAGAACAGCAGGACCGUCUGAAGAAACUCAAGUCAGAACAUGGGAAGGUCCAACUGGGAAACAUCACUGUUGAUAUGGUAAUUGGUGGGAUGAGAGGGAUGACUGGAUUGCUCUGGGAAACCUCAUUGCUUGACCCGGAAGAGGGUAUACGCUUUAGGGGCUUGUCAAUUCCUGAGUGCCAGAAAGUUUUACCCGCUGCCCAGUCUGGAGGAGAACCAUUGCCCGAGGGUCUUUUGUGGCUUCUUUUAACUGGAAAGGUACCUAGCAAAGAGCAAGUUGAAGCACUGUCAAAAGACUUGGCAAACCGUGCUGCUGUGCCAGAUUAUGUGUACAAUGCCAUCGAUGCCCUGCCUUCCACGGCUCAUCCAAUGACCCAAUUUGCUAGCGGUGUUAUGGCCCUACAGGUGCAAAGUGAGUUCCAAAAGGCAUAUGAGAAUGGAAUUCAUAAGUCAAAAUUCUGGGAGCCAACAUACGAGGAUUGCCUCAACCUGAUUGCUCGUGUCCCUGUUGUAGCUGCAUAUGUUUAUAGGAGGAUGUAUAAGAAUGGCGAUUCCAUUCCGUCAGAUAAAUCUUUGGAUUAUGGUGCAAAUUUUUCCCACAUGUUGGGAUUUGAUGAUGCUAAGAUGAAAGAGCUCAUGAGGCUGUACAUCACUAUCCACAGUGAUCAUGAAGGUGGAAAUGUUAGUGCUCACACUGGUCACCUGGUCGGGAGUGCACUUUCAGAUCCAUAUCUGUCAUUUGCAGCUGCAUUAAACGGUUUAGCUGGGCCACUCCAUGGUUUGGCUAAUCAGGAAGUUUUGCUUUGGAUCAAAUCAGUUGUUGAGGAAUGUGGGGAAAACAUAUCGAAAGACCAGUUGAAAGAAUAUGUCUGGAAAACAUUAAACAGUGGCAAGGUUGUUCCCGGAUAUGGACAUGGUGUUCUUCGCAAAACUGAUCCAAGAUAUGUAUGCCAAAGAGAGUUUGCCUUGAAGCAUUUACCUGAUGACCCUCUUUUCCAGCUGGUCUCAAAGCUUUAUGAAGUUGUUCCUCCUGUUCUUACCGAACUCGGAAAGGUAAAGAACCCGUGGCCAAACGUUGAUGCUCACAGUGGGGUGUUGCUCAACCACUACGGUCUAACCGAAGCGAGGUACUACACCGUGCUCUUUGGUGUCUCAAGGAGUCUUGGCAUUUGCUCUCAGCUAAUAUGGGACCGAGCUCUUGGACUCGCACUUGAGAGGCCAAAGAGUGUGACCAUGGACUGGCUGGAUGCCUUCUGUAAGAAAGCUUCAUCUGCUUGAGCCAUCACCUGAGUCCUGAGUCUUCUCACUCACUCUUGUUCAAACAAAGCCUUUCUAUUGACAGAAGAAACUUUGUUUUAUGUAGAAAUUGUUUUUUCUAAGAUUUUCUUUUCUGCCAUUGAGAAACACUUGCAAAUUUGCAUCCCGCAAAACUCGUGAUAAUAAAUAAACAGUUGUAUUCAAUUCGCAUUAACCUCCAUCAUCAAAUAUCAAUCAUGAACUA